GACGAGGAUUUGCAUUUCGGAGAAAACAAAAGAUUGAAAGACAAUACAGGAAAUUAUUGAAAAAGGAAAGGAAGGUCCAUUCACAACAGGAUGAUCAGUUUACCGAUACUUAUCCAGAGCACUUGAAACAUCUUUACCUAGCCGAGGAAGAAAUGCUGAAAAAACGACGCAAGGCUCCAAGGGCUCCAGAUGAUUCAGUUUCACCAGAAGAAAAUCUUAAUAAAGCAGUAGAGUCAGUUAUGAAUGAAGGGAAGUUUAAGAAGAAAACAUCCAAUCAGAAGGCAAAAGAAGAGUAUGAGAAAAUAAAGGCUGAGCGUGCUAGAAAGAAAGAG